AUGCUGCGUCCGCACUCCCUGCUGCUCGCCCUGUGGGCUCUGCUCUCCCUCAGGUCUGUCCUCUCCCAGGAGUGCACCAAAUACAAGGUCAGCACCUGCCGGGACUGCAUCGAGUCGGGGCCCGGCUGUGCCUGGUGCCAGAAGCUGAACUUCUCCAGGCCCGGGGAGCCCGACUCCGUUCGCUGCGACACGAGGGCAGAGCUGCUGUCUAAGGGCUGUGCGGCCGAUGACAUCAUGGACCCCAGAAGCUUCGCUGAGACCACGGAGAACCAGCAGGGGGGCCAGAAGCAACUGUUCCCACAGAAAGUGAAGCUCCACCUGAGACCCGGUCAGGAGGCUGUGUUCAAUGUGACCUUCCGGCGCGCCAAGGGCUACCCCAUCGACCUGUACUACCUGAUGGACCUGUCCUACUCCAUGCUUGACGACCUCAUCAACGUCAAGAAGCUGGGGGGUGACCUGCUUCGGGCCCUCAACGACAUCACCGAGUCUGGCCGCGUUGGCUUUGGGUCCUUUGUGGAUAAGACAGUGCUCCCCUUUGUCAACACGCACCCCGAGAAGCUCCGGAACCCGUGCCCCAACAAGGAGAAGGCGUGCCAGCCCCCGUUUGCCUUCAAGCACGUGCUGAAGCUCACGGACAACUCCAGCCAGUUCCAGACGGAGGUCGGGAAGCAGCUGAUCUCUGGGAACCUGGACGCCCCCGAGGGCGGGCUGGAUGCCAUGAUGCAGGUCGCAGCCUGCCUGGAGGAAAUUGGCUGGCGCAAUGUCACGCGGCUGCUGGUGUUCGCCACGGACGAUGGCUUCCACUUUGCAGGCGACGGGAAGCUGGGAGCCAUCCUGACCCCCAACGAUGGCCACUGCCACCUGGAGGACAGCAUGUACAAAAGAAGCAACGAGUUUGACUACCCGUCGGUGGGCCAGCUGGCACAUAAACUGGCUGAAAACAACAUCCAGCCCAUCUUUGCUGUAACCAAGAAAAUGGUGAAAACCUAUGAGAAGCUCACCGAGAUUAUCCCCAAAUCGGCGGUUGGGGAGCUGUCAGAGGACUCCAGCAACGUGGUCCAGCUCAUUAAGGACGCCUACAAUAAACUCUCCUCCAGAGUCUUUCUGGAACAUAGCACCCUCCCCAACAACCUGAAAGUCACCUACGACUCCUUCUGCAGCAACGGGGUUUCACAAGUGAACCGGCCUAAAGGGGACUGUGACGGUGUCCAGAUCAACGUCCCGGUCACCUUCCAGGUGAAGGUCACGGCCACAGAGUGUGUCCAGGAGCAAUCAUUUGUCAUUCGGGCGCUGGGCUUCACAGACACCGUGACCGUGAGCAUACUUCCCCAGUGCGAGUGCCAGUGCAGGGACCGGAGCCAGGACCGCAGCACCUGUGGUGGCAAGGGCUCCGUGGAGUGUGGCAUCUGCAAGUGCGAUGCUGGCUACCUGGGGAAGAACUGUGAGUGCCAGACUCAGGGCCGGAGCAGCCAGGAUCUGGAAGGAAACUGCCGGAAAGACAACAGCUCCAUCAUUUGCUCGGGGCUGGGGGACUGCAUCUGCGGGCAGUGUGUGUGCCACGCAAGCGACGUGCCCAAAAAGAAGAUCUUUGGGCUUUUCUGCGAAUGUGACAACGUCAACUGCGAGCGCUUCAAUGGCCAGAUCUGCGGGGGCGAAGAACGCGGGGAAUGCGAAUGCGGCAAGUGCAAAUGCAAAGAGGGCAUCGACGGCUCGGCCUGCCAGUGCGACAAGUCCCCAGAUAGCUGCAGAAACCCGCAGGGGUCCGUUUGCAGUGGCCGCGGCCAGUGCAUCUGCAACGUGUGCCAGUGCGACAAGGGCUACCAGCUGCCCUAUUGUGAAGAAUGCCCGGGCUGCGAGUCGCCCUGCACCCAUAGCGUCUCCUGUGCCGAGUGCCUGAAAUUCGACAAGGGCCCCUUCAUGAAGAACUGCAGUGCAGCGUGUGCGAACAUAACAGUGCCGGAGAAGGAAGAUGACCUGGAACUAUUCAAGAGCUUCAAGCAGACCCGGAACUGCAAAGAGCGGGACUCAGAGGGCUGCUGGCUGAACUACACCAUGAGGCAGCUGGUGGGGAGGGGCAAAUAUCACAUCCUGGUGGAAGACAUUCGAGUGUGUCCACAAGGUCCCAAUGUAGGGGCCAUCGUGGGAGGCACCCUGGCAGGAGUCGUGCUGAUCGGCGUCCUCCUGCUGGUCAUCUGGAAAGCUCUGACCCACCUGACUGACCUCCGGGAGUACAAGCGCUUUGAGAAGGAGAAGCUCAAGUCUCAGUGGAACAACGAUAACCCCCUUUUCAAGAGUGCCACCACGACAGUCAUGAACCCCAAGUUUGCUGAGAGUUAG